UGCUGACAGAAACAAGAGAACUGAAUGUUACUAUUUUGGAUACUUUGGGUAAUCUUAGCAUUAAACCAGAAGAAACAGCAGAGAUUAGACAAGUAGUUAUCAAAACUCUUCCAUCAGCUGAUAUUCAAGAUCUUCCAAUAAUUACAAAGUUUAUUUUACAAAGCAUUGAUGCUCAAGAUGCUGCAGAUACCAUAUCAGAAUUGCGCCAUAAUCUAGAUUUUGCAAGUCUUCAACCAAUAUUGUCGUCAUUUCCAAAAUCACGAUCAAGUUUGGACUUUGUACUUUUGGAUGCAAUUCGCUCUUCACUCAGAUUUCAGAAGUUUAUUAGUGAUGCAUGGAUAAAAGUAAUUAACAAUUUAAAUGAAACAGAAAAAUAUAAGGUUUUAGAUUUUUUAGUGCUUUUGGUAUUGCAUUCAUUAGCAAUUCAUAGAAAGCCUAUUGAAAGUUUAAUGAGAAACAAAAUUAGAGCUGGUCUUUUUACUGAAGCCUUAUUAGAUGCAUCCUUUGUCUAUACUUCUGCUAUUAGAGAAUAUCUUGGAUCAUUAUUAAUUCUUGCAGAGACAUUUAUAAGAAGUAAUGAUAUAACUGUAUCUCAGUUUGGAUCUUCUUUGUAUCAAAAAGCUUUUGUUUCUUUUGAUACUUAUUGCAAACAGGAAGUCGUUGGUAAUUUAGUCAGUCAUGUUGGUAGUGGAACAGCUAAUGAAAUUAAUGUUUCACUUGACACACUUGUAUAUUUAGUUAAAGAAUAUACUGAAGAUAUGUCAUCAUUUGGGUGUUUUAUAAAAAGUAUUUUGGAUUAUCUAUGUAAUCUCACAUUGCAACAAAUAAGAAAAGUUUACACAAUACUUAGUAUAUUAGCUUAUCAAGGAAAUCAAGAUGGAAUGUUUCUUCAAGAUGAUUUACAUAUUGUCAUUAGAAAACAAUUAUCAAAUAAUAAUCCCAA